GAUCACACAUCAAAAGUCUCUUCUGUGGAUUGGAUUGGAUAGGAUUCGCAAUCGCGAAACUGUGUAAUACCAACCAACGUGGGUUUGUCUGUCUCAAAGUUUAGCCAGAAAUUCGCGAAUACGUAUUCGCAACUUACUUUAGCAAGAAAGUCGCAAGUACAUAUACAUACGUAUUCGCAACUUUUACACUAAAACAGUUCACAGUUAGUGGUUUCGAGGUACAGUUGCAGUCUUGCAGUCAGUCAGUUUAGUUUGCACAAAUUUUGGCAGGUUUUUACACCCAGCAAGUUUCUUAGUGCGAAUAAUGUAACUGUGAUAUUUGCUACGGUGCAUUACAAGAACCUUAUCGUCCCAAGAUAAGUCAAGCUUGAAACGUUACUGAAGUUGAAAUUGUGUUGAAAUAUAGCUCAUCAAACAAAGUGAGGUGAAAAUUUCCGAAAUUUGGUGCAUUUCAAAGCCAAAAUUGGAGAACGAAAAGGAUUACGAUUUAUAAGCUCGCUGCUGCUGGGUCCGUACUUUUUUCGGUGCCGAUUGCUUUAUACAGCCUUUGAUGCCUAAGUUGGAGAGCAAACACAAAUCUAAAUCAGACGUUCGGGACCAAGACUUCCUUCCCUCGACGAGAAGUCAAGUCAGUCACUCCCCCAACGUUUAAAUCCCCCUAAAUAAAUAUUCCUCGAAUAAAUAUGUCGCGACAACCACGACGCUUCCCAGGAGGAGAGUACGGAGAGCUGGAAAGUUUCUUAGAAUCUUUUGAAGCUGAGGGAGCCAGACGACGUAGAAUAGUUGUAAAUUCAGCAGAUGGUUGUCCUUCCGGCGACCUGCUGCCCAUCAGAAGGCCGAGCGAUGCAGAGGAAUUUAGCGUAUCUUUACUUCGAAAUAAGUUGGGCGAGCUACGGUCAACCCUGGAUUUGCCGCUGAUUCCAGAUUUCUUAAGGGAUGAUGACGACGAAGAAUUAGAAGAAGGUUUGGGACUCACACUUCCGGCCACGCCGUUGGAUUCGUCACCGUCAGAUUCAGAGGUCGAUCCCGAACUACUCAAUCAAGAAGAAGAGGAGGAGGAGUACGAUUUCUGUCUGCCUCAAUUAUCUCAUGCGACCGAGCAGGUGGAAGAAUUCGCGAGGAAAGUUUGGGCCGCUGGGUGGAACGUUUGUCACUUUAGAGCUCUCCCUAAUUGGCUGCAAGAUAAUGACUUUCUCGUUCGAGGGCACAGACCACCAUUGCCCUGUGUUAAGGAAUGUUUUAAAAGUAUUUUCCGGAUUCACACAGAGACUAUGAAUAUAUGGACACAUCUCUUAGGAGCGUUGGCGUUUUUGGGUGUAGCAAUCUAUUUCCUAACUAGACCUUCAGUCGAGAUUCAACUUCAGGAGAAACUAGUUUUCACAGCCUUCUUCGCAGGGGCCAUUGCUUGUCUCGGAUUGUCCGCUGCGUUCCAUACGCUUCAUUGUCACUCUGAGUUUGUUGGAAAACUGUUCAGCAAACUGGACUACGUAGGAAUCGCAUUACUAAUUAUGGGAUCCUUCUUCCCUUGGUUGUAUUAUGGAUUUUACUGUGAAAAAUCACUCCAAAUAUUCUAUUUGAGUGUAACCUUCGUUCUCGGACUGGCUGCAAUUGUUGUAUCGCUGUGGGACAAGUUUGGCGAGCCAAGACUUCGACCCCUGCGUGCCGGAUUGUUUGCCGGUUUCGGGCUCAGCGGAGUAAUUCCUGCGAUCCAUUAUGCUCUGGCUAAAGGAUGGAUCCACGCAAUUUCAAAAGCAUCUCUCGGCUGGUUGAUUCUCAUGGGAAGCCUCUACGUUCUGGGCGCUAUAGUUUACGCCUCUAGAAUUCCGGAGCGCUGGUUCCCAGGAAAAUGUGAUAUUUGGGGUCACAGUCACCAAUUGUUCCACGUCUUAGUCAUCGCCGCAGCUUUUGUACAUUACCACGGAAUUUCGGAGAUGGCCAUGCAUCGCUUAGCCUAUGGCGAAUGCGAAGAUCAUCCGUACGAAGCAGUAUCCUGGUUCUCAUAAAUAAGAUGGCAAAAUCCCUCUUACAAGAAAAGUCUCUCGUCGUGUACGUCAAUAUUUAGUAGGUCGCAAGACUGAUAAUUAUGUUAAUUAUUAUAAAUAUAAAUCACCCGCAAGGACAACAAAAUCAAAAAAAUAAAACUUAUCUCCCACCGACGAACAUCACUAGAAAUUUUUGCAAAUUUCACAGUGACGACAAAAAAAUAGAACCUGAUAAAAUUAAGAAGAUUACUUAUCUGCUGAGGAGGUUAUCAAAAUCUUCAGUGUCCGCGGAAGCGUGGGGGCAAUAUCCCAGGGUUAUUAUAUGUCCCCAUCAUCUCCCCAUGUUAUAUAAACCCCUCCCUCCCCCUAUCCUACAAUGUUAAUGUCCCCAGAUGUCCCCACGGCUUCCGCAGCCACUGAAAAUCUUCGGGAAUUGUUUUAAAAAAUUAUCAAAAUUCAACCUAAAUAUAUGUACAACACAGUUAAACAAUUAUGAAAAAAUUUAAUAAUCUGUGUAAACUUUAAGUGUUUUUUUGUAAAUUUACGAAAUGGUACUAUUUACUCAGCUCUUAAUUGAUUUAUAACCAUCAACAUCACGUUACAUCACAUUACGUAUCGUAGAAUUAAGUUUAUUUGCAGUCACGUGUCACGUCAGUUGACAUGUUAUUUUUCAGUUCCUACAUGUUAAAAUAAGUAUACCGCAAUUUUGUCAGUACACAAUUUUUGUUCGUGGAUAUGAAUAUAAUUACAAAAUUGACAGCUAUUUAGUAAAUAAGUUUCCGAAAAACCCAGAAAACAAAACCACCGUGAUAAUAAUUUGGCUUGUUUUUUUCUCGUUUUUGUAAAAGUUUACUGAUUUAGUUUCGCCCAAUAAUAAAUAAUUACUUAUAAAAAUUAUACACGGCAAAUUUUGGGCAUCGUAUUUAUGUAUUUACUAAAUACGAUGGAGUAUGUUAAAUAUAAUAUAACAAAAGGGAAUUAGAUAAUAGAUAAGAUAAGUGUAUGUCACUACUCAAAAAUAGAAGAAUAGUCAUAAAAUAAAGGAAACAAAUCAAGUAAAAAAUCUA